AUGAUUGGAUACAUUAUUAUAGCUUACAUAUUGUUUAUUGCAUUUGCCACAUUCGUAAUGAUAUAUGGUAACAACAGCUGUGUUAGAAAUACAUUUAUUGGCUCAAUUUACAGAUUUUUCGCAAAUACACUUCCGAAUUGGUUCAUUGCAAAAUAUAAAAAGAUAUUUAAUAUACCAGAUUCACCGGACCAUAAUGAUACAUGCAUGGGUAAGAACGGUCCUUGCAGAUAUUUCAUUCUAAUAAGUUUCGCAUUACUUUAUGCAGGUUUAGUUGCUGAUUAUUGGUUUUGCACAUAUCCAUAUAUUCAUAUUUUCUACAAAAAUCUGUUCCUUCAUAAGAUUUUAAGCGUUGUUUUACCUGCAAUUCCUUGGAUAAUUAUAAUUGCUCUUCAAUUUUUAGAUCCUGGCGUUAUCACUUCCAAAAAUGUUAUCGGAUAUAUGAAGAAAUACCCAUUCGACUUCAUUCUUUACAAUCACAAAGUUUGCAGAACACUUCACAUCCCAGCCGUUGCAAGAUCUCGCUACUGCAACUAUACACAGCGUCGAAUUGCCAAAUACGAUCACUAUUGCCCAUGGGUAGUUGCUUCAAUUGGCGAAAGAACCCAUAGAUGGUUCUUAUUAUUUUUGGUUGGCUGCGUUGUGGCAUCAGCAUAUUAUUUGUAUGCUGAUUUGUAUGUUACCUUCUUGAUCAUGUAUGCUUAUUAUCAAAAAAUUAAAUGGACCAAUAGUUUUAAGGUCAAUGCACAGAUUUUUGCUGUUGUUCUCAUAAAAGAACAGAAGUUCAACGCGUUCUGUGAAUUUUUGUUCUUUUUCAUAAUUAUUUUCCUCGUAAUUUUCAUCGGACAACAAAUUUACUUCAUUUCCACAGGAAGGACAACAAUUGAACUUGACAAGUGGGGUGAUUAUUAUUACAAGCAUCGGAAUGAUAAAUCUAAGAAACCAGUUAAAAAUAUGUAUGAUUAUGGCUUUAUACAUAAUUGGAAAGAAUUUCUCUUCCCAGAACCUGUUCCUGAAUGCGAAGAAUGGGUUCCAGAUAAAUAUUGGAAGAAGAUUAUUGAAAAUGAAGAAAAACGUCGAAAAGAAUUGAACUCAAAACCGAAAAAUGAGUAA